GGAUACAUCGACUCCUGAUCAUCCUCAGCUGCGUGUCUCUUUCCAUCGCCCACUCGCCAUCACUCUCAGCGCUUCUCUUCCACACAGACUUGGAAAAGUCAAGAUCAGCAAACUUUCUUUCUGCUGAUGCUUGUGCAGGCCAAGUUUCUCUGCCACUCGUUCCAAUAGACUCGACGCGCUCCUUAUCGUUUCCCCAACAUGUCCUCCGAUCUUUCCAGCAUCCCUCUGGCCUCUUUACGACCGCACCAGCAACGCCAGAUCAGUGAGGCCGGAUCAGACAGAUCUGAUAUGCCCACCAGGCCUCCUGCUCACUACGUCCACGACCAUAGCUUCUCUAAUCCUCACUACUACGAAGGUGUUGAGCCGGGCGACCAACCAGAUGUCCACGCCGACGAGUCGUACGGGUCCAGCUCAGCAGCUCCCUACGUAGCCAAAAUUCGCCCUCGGGACACCAAGGGCUAUCACGGUAUCCGAAAUGACGGUGACUACGGUAGUGACGACCCUUCUGUUUUGCAAGCGCCCCAUCCUCACUUCGCCGAGGAAGGCAAGCGAGGCCGGAGCCAGACUCGACAGGAGCCUCAUUCAAGAUCGUCGUCAAUCGCAGCUUCUUCCGCGGAAGACGACACUGAUGACUUCGACUGGGACGUAUCGGAUGAUGACGACGAAGAGAAGGACACAGACGGGCGCACUGGACAUCGAAAGAAAAUCCGCGCCAAACGAGGUCGUCGAGUCUACCUCUUCUGUAUGCGUCUUGCCCGACCCGUUCGGAUCUUCCUGAUCGGUGCUUUUCUAUCAAUCUUGGCUCUGGUGCCUCUGUUUGUUGUGCUUUUUGCCAUCGACAGGAGCAAUAGUGCUCGACCGCACGUGCAGACUUGGUCAAUCUGGUUAUCCAUCGUAUGCGCUUCCUCUGCUGGAACCUUCAUCAUCCUCGACUGGCUCCCCCCCUUGCUGUUGCGCUUGGCCGUCGCCUUCUACGGCCGAUGUCCCGAAGUCUUCAAGACUUGGUUGGAGGUCGCAAUGACCACUCUCGUGUACUUCAAGCUCAUCCUCUGUGUGGCCUGGGCCUGGAUUUCGAUUGGCUCCAUCCUGUCUGCAAUCUGGGGCUCUACUCGACCUCACUAUUGGGUCUAUAUCAUCGAUACUCUGCAGGCUCUCUUUGCGACAGCGAUCAUACUCACCACGGAGAAGGUAGCGCUGCACGUCGUGGGGGUCAACUUCCACAAGAUCAGUAUCAAGGAUCGCCUCGAAGAGAAUCAGAAGGCCUUGAAGAGUCUAGACAAGCUCAGAGACAGCAAGUACCUCCAUGCGUCCCUCACCAAGGCAGCCAGGCGUUCACGCCCGCCCAGCCCAGGCCCUAAUGCGCUUGGUGGUGGGUAUGGAAGCCGAGGGAUUCGAAGUGCCCCUGCGGGAGACUACCUCACUGCUGGCAGUGGUGGUGAUGGAGGCGUCUCACCUGCGGUAGCGGCCUCUGAGAAGUCCUUUGCCGCUCAGCAAGGUCUUGGUCAGCACCACCGUGGUCAGUCUGAAGAUCGCCUCCGCUCGGCUGGCAAAUCUGAUCGCAAGGCGAACUUUGCCAACCAGCUACAAGAAGCGUUGGCCACAGCUGCGCUCAAAGACUCUAAGCUGUACAAGCAGGAUAUCUAUGGCAACCAGCAAAGCGCCCGCAAGCUCGCUCGACAGCUCUUCAUCAACAUCGGUCACCAUCGCAAAACCCUCACUGCAGAGGACUUUAUCCCUUACUUCAAGACAGAAGCGGAGGCUCGGGAAGCCUUCACUAUUUUCGACAAGGAUAAAAAUGGUGACAUUUCCAAAUCUGAGAUGCGAGAGGCGGUCCAGAGGCUCUAUCGCGAGCGCAGAGCGCUGGCAACUAGCCUCAAGGAUAUGAGCUCUGCCAUCCAGAAGCUCGAUAAUGUCCUCAUGUUCCUGGGUCUGAUCCUUGUUGUCUUCAUCUGGCUCCUCAUCUUUUCUCCGGGCACAACAGUAUCGAACCUGGUACCGGUCAGCACCAUUGUGGUGGCCUUCUCCUUUGUCUUCGGCAACUCCGCCAAGAAUGUUUUCGAGUCUCUGAUCUUUGUCUUUGCGACGCAUCCGAUCGAUACGGGAGAUCUGGUCUGCAUCAGUGACCAGUGGAUGUUCGUCAAGGAAUUCGGCCUGCUCUCUACGACAUUUGUCGAUACGACCAACCAGUACAUCGUUGCUCCCAAUGCUCUCCUAUCCACGCUCUACAUCCACAAUGCAAGGCGAUCGCCCAGACAGUGGGAGACGACCAACAUUCAGAUGAGCUUCGACACUGCUCUUCAGACCAUCGAUGAGUUCAGGCGACGCCUUCGAGCAUGGGUCCAAGAGAACGAUCGAGAGUGGGGCGGAGGCCUAGAGGUCAACUACAAUACUAUCACAAAUCAAAACGCCGUCGAAAUGGUCAUUGCCAUGGAGCACAAGACUAACUUCCAGAACUGGGGCGAGCGAUGGACACGAAGGACCAAGCUGAUGAGGCGAGUCAAGGAAAUCGCCGAGGAGCUCAGCAUCGGCUACACUCUCCCACCUCAACCGGUGUCGUACCACCCUCGCAGUAACGCUGGCCUGCGCGCCAACGACCAUGCUGGCGGUAGCCGCGGACCAUCGGGAUUCCCUGGCGCUCAAAAGAGCAGUGCUGCUGGUCAGGCAUCUGGGGGACCUGUCGGGUUCAACCCACGAGCAAUGGGCGUCGGUGGUGUGGGCUCCGGCUUUGGUCUGAACAAGCCGACUGACACUACGAGCUAA